AUGUUAAAAAGCUUGCCAUUGAUAGUCAAUCAAACAAUUCAGCCUCGAAAAGAAGCUCCUCUGAUCAUAAACUUAGUUUCAGAAAGUGAGGAUGCAGGCAUUGAGGAACUAGAGAGCGAGGAACACGAAAGUGAGAAUGAGACCAGGAGUGAAGAUGGUACUGAAGAAGGUGAAGAGAUAGCCAGGCCAAAUUCGAGCAGUGGAAAAAACACCCGGAGUAUUCCAAUUGUUGCAAGCCGUUGGAGUCGGGUAUAUUCGUAUCAGCAAAGUAGCAAAAUGGCAGAUGGUGAAGGAAAAAAAGAAGAUCGCUCUGUUUCAAUUAGAAAAUAUACAGCAAAAAUUAAGAGCCUGCCGCUCAAUAAAGACAUACCUAAGAGACACAAGGGCAGUAGCACUGAUUUCAGAAACGAAAAAGAUCAAUACAGUGAAGAGUACGAUGAUAGCAAGGAGGAAAAGGGUAUUCGUUUUCCGCUUUUAGCAUAUACAGGAAAUUCUCUGAACCUUCCGAUCGCUAAGGGCACGGUCCCUGGACCCAAGUAUGGCAGAGAACUUUCGUUGGCACUUCAACGGCUAGAAGAACACACUAUUCCAAGUUCAAAGAAUUCAAGACAAACACCUCAUUGCGCGAAUCAUCAUAGCAAUAUGAAUCAAAAAGGUCAGAGAUACAUCCAUGGAAGAAAGGUUACGCCGAAGAUUCACAAAACAAACGGGAGCAUUAUCUCAUCAUCAAUACCAGAACUCAAGACGAAGGAACUUUCACGCGGUAAAGACAUAGUGACUCGGAGAGUCAAGCGAGGAAGAAACGGCAUGCCGAAGACACCAGAAGAUAGGAAAGGUAGUGGAACCGAAGAAGAGAACAAAGAAGAUUCUGCAAUCCUUCUCGCACAGUCACAUUCAACUCCCUCUAAACACACAUCACCAGCACAUGCCAGCAUGGCUCUAGAGCACAAGUUGAAGUCGAACGCCAUGCCAAGUAUUGCACAAGAACAGGAGAAUAAGGGACAACCGAAUUAUCUCUCCCAUCCAUCUCCUCCUUUACUAGAUGGAUCAAGAUCGAAGCGCCAAAAGACAGCGGCUGUCAGUUCGCGGAACGAAGUGAAUAAGGACAUUGAUGGAGUGCUUCGAGUUGGGUCCAUGAAUCGACCCAUCCCAGAGAAAGUUACAAAUCGUCGUUCGUCUACAGAAGUUAUUAGAACCAAACCAGCAAAAUUUUUCACCGAUCUUCCAGGGUUGGUAAUUCGUCAAAUCGUCGACACCGUUUGUGAGCAGGAAGGUGAAAAACUCAUCUCCUCAAUAUGUUUCGGGCUCACUUGUAAACUUCACUGGGCUUUUUUCAAGGCCCGAUGGUGUCCUCCAGGCACUGAUAGGAUCUACGAGGGAUAUCUACCAAAAGAAGACCAAGCACUUCUCGCACCUUUGCUGCAGAAUUGGGUUCCAGAAAGAUAUCGAAUGAUGUCGGGCAAAGGUGGUAAAGGUGGUCCAAGCUUAGUCCCAAUGUUUCUUUCAAAGAAUCAAUACGGGGAAGGAUAUACGAGAGAAGAGGGAAGAUUAGAGAAAAGAUAUAUUGCCUGUCUCUCAAUCCUCGAUGCUACCAAUCAAGAUGGUCUACAGCUAAAGCCCAGCCGCGGCUUACAUGCGAUGAUAGAUAACACGAUUGAUUUGCCAAGCCCGCAUGGAAUGGGUCAUUCUUGGUACGAUGCUAGUGCCUCUGAAUACUUAUUUCUGGUUGAGGGAUGGGAAUAUUCAACAUUGAAUGGUGAAGGUCCUGGAUUCAAAGCCAUUUGUGAGUCGUGGCAUACUUUUCAAAAUACAUGUUUGUGGGACUGGGUCAAUGGCAAGAAUUUCAAUCAGUUUUGUGAAGAUUGGAUGGAUGACGAAGGAAUGAAAGGAAGGCAGAAGGUCAAACAGACUUUAAUCAAGUUUGACAAGAAAGUGAAACAUUUUCAGGCAAGUAACCAUGAUUUGGAAGAUACGGUUAUCGCUGGUGCUGUUGGUGCUGUUGAUGAAAUGGUGAUGGAGGAUAUUAUCCAGGUGUUAUGA